GCUUUCUCGCAGGACAGCCGUUUGUAGCCCCGGUGCAUGCUGGUGCCUUCCCCGCUCUUCUGUCGGGAUCCGCCGCUAACGUGAAGCUGUCAUUGAUGUGGUUCUAGUGGUGCGGACACAGAGCUUCUUCAGACAUGUCUGUGAGGGAGUCUUUUAACCCUGAAAGCUAUGAGCUGGACAAGAACUUCAGGCUCACACGGUUUGCUGAGCUCAAAGGCACAGGCUGCAAGGUCCCCCAAGAUGUGUUACAGAAGCUGCUAGAAACCCUGCAAGAGAACCACUAUCAAGAGGAUGAACAGUUCCUGGGGGCGGUUAUGCCUCGAUUAGGCAUUGGCAUGGACACGUGUGUGAUCCCCCUCCGGCAUGGUGGCCUUUCUCUUGUCCAGACAACAGACUACAUCUAUCCCAUUGUGGAUGACCCUUACAUGAUGGGAAGAAUUGCUUGUGCCAAUGUUCUAAGUGACCUGUACGCCAUGGGAGUUACUGAGUGUGACAACAUGUUGAUGCUUCUGGGAGUCAGCAACAAAAUGUCAGAGAAAGAGAGAGACAAAGUCAUGCCACUGGUCAUCCAGGGAUUCAAAGAUGCAUCAGAGGAGGCGGGGACGUCUGUAACAGGCGGUCAGACGGUGCUCAACCCCUGGGUAGUGAUGGGAGGAGUUGCAACAACAGUUUGCCAGCCCAAUGAGUUUAUCAUGCCAGACAAUGCAGUGCCAGGAGAUGUGUUGGUGUUGACCAAACCACUUGGAACACAAGUGGCAGUUGCAGUGCAUCAGUGGCUAGAUAUUCCUGAAAAAUGGAACAAGAUCAAGCUGGUGGUGACGCAGGAGGACGUAGAGCUGGCCUACCAUGAAGCCAUGAUGAAUAUGGCUCGGCUCAACAGGACAGCUGCGGGUCUCAUGCACACGUUCAAUGCUCAUGCAGCGACCGAUAUCACAGGGUUUGGCAUCCUCGGCCACGCUCAGACGUUGGCACGACAACAACGAAGUGAGGUGUCUUUUGUCAUCCACAACCUCCCAGUGCUCGCCAAGAUGGCCGCCGUGUCUAAAGCCUGUGGGAACAUGUUCGGGCUCAUGCAUGGCACCUGUCCUGAAACAUCAGGAGGCCUGCUUAUUUGUUUACCUCGAGAACAAGCUGCCCGCUUCUGUGCCGAGAUCAAAUCCCCAAAAUACGGAGAAGGUCAUCAAGCAUGGAUCAUCGGGAUUGUAGAGAAAGGAAACCGCACUGCUCGCAUCAUUGACAAACCACGAAUCAUAGAAGUGGCACCACAGGCAGCCACACAGAAUGUCAAUCCAACACCUGGUGCAACUUCUUAAACCUCCUCUGUUGCAUCACAGACCGGACCCCAAAAGCUCUGAGUGAUUUUAGACACAUAAACUACAGAACCAUCCUAGAGUGUUGAAAUAUAUACACAAAUAGUAUGUACACAGAAAAGACUGGGUUGGCGUGCCAUCAACAUGAAAACAGCUCCACACAGUGGCCCCGUGGGGGCACAUCACUACCCAGUGGACUCAACCUGCAGUAUCCCCGCGAUAAAAAUUGGUAAGAAAUAGAGCAUUCUUAAAAUUCACUUGCUUUUGUUGUCUAUUGUAUUCUGUUAUGUUCAGUGUGCUUGACUGGCAGGCAGCUUCUGAUAGGAGAUAAUCUGAUACUGCUGAUUCAUUUUGAAUCAUUAGGAAGUCUGGAGUCGGUUGCCUCUUUGGCUCUCUUAAAACUGCUCUCAUCAAACCAUGGUGGCGUUUUUGUUUAUUGUUCAUUUACUUUGUUGUACAGUUAUACAGCUGAGUUUUAGUUCAUUGUUGUAACUGAUGCCUUGAAAGAAAAUAAGUGCGACCAGAAUGGCUUGUUUUUUAUUACUUUGACUUUUUGUAUUGUCCCUGCAUAAACUAAUAAACCAUCAUCUAUUUGAAA